UCGGCUACUAUGAAACUGUUACAGGAAACGGAGGAUGCAACAAACGACAGAAAGUUCAUAAAAUCUCAGGUGGAGAAACGUCGAAGGGAGAGGAUGAACCGCAGUCUGGAGUGUCUGAGAAACAUGUUGCUGCAGGAGCCACAACAACUGGGUGGGGCUCAGCGCAGGGUGGAGAAAGCUGAGAUACUCGAACACACAGUCCUCUUCCUCCAGAACACUGCCAAAGGAGACAAGACGAGAGCUGGAGGUGGAGGCGGAGGCCGGAAGCACUCCUUCCAAGACGGCUUCUCCACCUGCCUGCAGAGAGCCGCUCAGUUCCUGGGACCUGAGGGGAAAGGCUUGUGGCUCGGAGCAGCGCUGGACGCAUCUUUUGCUGCUCGCUUCGCCCGUUCAGACUCUGAUUCUGCAGGCGUCCAGCGGAGAACUGAGGCCCGCUCCUCCACCAGCUCUCUGCCACGGACAAAGUCCAUUCUUCGGAUGCUUCGGCAAAAGUCUAAGCACAGACUGGAUACACGAGCCUACGCUGUGAACAGUUCAGUUGUUCAUCCCUACCAACGUCCGGUCCAGAAAGGCUUUCCCAGAGUUCCCCAACAGCCUCAGAAACAAAACAGCGGGACAGCCGUCUAUUCUGCUGACACAGGCACAGGGACUCUCCCAGACUGGGACAGACGUGAGCUGGAUCACGUGGCUGAGCGGGGGCCGUCCGGCCGGGACUGCUGCUGUGCAGAGGAGCGAGUUCAGAGGUGUGGGAAGUCAGGGCUCGAGGCUGGGUGA